UAUAUAUAGAUAACACAAAUGUCAGCUCAGAUAAAUAUACUAUGUGAUGUAUAAAGAUCAAAUUUACUCAAGUAUUGUAUUCAGAUUGCUAUUCUCUUAAAUAUAAUGUAAAUUAAAGUAUAAAUAAGAUACAGAAAUUGUCUCUAAAUUUGUUAAGUGAUCUGAUUCGAGAGGGAAUAUAUACUGUUUAACGUACAUUCAUUCAUAAGAUAGUAGCAUUUUAGGUUACUAUGGCACAAUCAACAGCUAGUGGAACGUCUUCUCGACGAUAUAUGAAAGAACACGAUGUUAAUGUACCAUCUUCAUCACGCUAUGUGGAUAGUGAAUGGGAAACUAAAGAGGCUUUACGACAAAGAGAGCUUGAGGAAGCAAGAGCGCGAGCUGCACAAAUGGAAAAAACAAUGAGGUGGUGGUCAGAUUGUACCGCUAACUGGCGAGAAAAGUGGAGCAAAGUACGUAAUGAAAGGAAUAUGGCAAGAGAAGAAGCAAAGACGCUUAGAUCAAAAUUAGAAAUUGCUGUAAAAGAUGCAAAUAGUUAUAAACACGAAUGCCAGGAACUUGAAUUACAAAAUGAACAAUUAAAAAAAGAAAUGGAAAAAAUACAUAUGGUAUUGUUAAAACACGCUGGCCAAUUUGAUCAACAAAUUUUUACAGUUUUAGAAUCAGAUCCACAAUUAAGAAAUACAUUAGGUAUAGAUGAAUUAUUGAAGUUUUACAAUAAUGUGGAACAAAGUGAAAGUGUAAAUUCUCAGAAAGAUUUACUUACUUGUAAAGUUCUUGAUGACUCUAAUGUUUGCUUAGGAAGUCAUAGUAUCUUACCAGAUAGAGAUAUUGAAGAAUAUGUAUUACAAGGUGCAGUGCCAAAACAUGCUGUAGAAUUAUAUAAAGAGAGUCCUCUUAAUUCAUUAGAUAAAGAUAUUGCAGGAUUGGUUGCAGAUUCUAAUUCUGUAGAAGAUAAUGUAGAGAAAAAUUCGUCUUCAUUACUAACUCGUGUAGAUGAUUCAUAUGCACAAAAAAUAAUUUUACUCCAACAUAAAUUGGAUGAAGCUACAAAAACUAUUUCUACUGAAAGAGAAGAAAAAAAUUCUUUACAUCGUAGUAUGGAAAAAUUGAAAGCAGAAAUAAUACAAUUAAGAGAACAGUGUGAAGAAUUAGAAGAAAGCAAAGCUGAUGUUACAAGAGAAUUACUUGAAUUGAAAGAUCGGUUUCAAAUUAAGCUUAGCGAUGUACAAGCUGGUAUAAUUGAUGAAGCUUCCAGUAGAGAAGGAAUGAAUCGUCGUCUGUGUGAACUUAGGGCUGAGUUAGAGAAACUUCAAGCAGAAAAUGCAGCCGAAUGGGGAAAACGAGAACGUUUGGAAACGGAAAAAAUUUCUUUAGAACGUGAAAAUAAGCAACUCCGUAAUGAAUUAAAUGAUUUACAAGAAAGGAUAGAAUCUCGACGAUCACGUCCAGUUUCCACAUCAGACAGCGAUACAAGACAAUUGCAACAAGAAUUUUUAGUUAGGAAUGUGACAAUAUUGAAAAAAUCUCUGGAAGAAAAAACAACAGAACUUUCACAUGCCAUGAGAAGAUCAGAGCAAUAUGAAGCAGAAGUAAAGAGAGUUAGAGCGAGAGUAGAGGAAUUGAAAAAAGAAUUAGCUGCAGUUCAAGAUGAAGUGGAUGCUGCAACUAACAAUGUUCGUAAAUUGCAACGAGCAAAUAAGGAUCUCUUAGAACAGUUAAAAUCAGCUAAUGUACAAUUGGAACAUUUUCGAAAUAGUACUGAUACCUAUUCGGUAGAUGUAGGAACAGGAGAAAAUCUUGAAGAAAAAUUACGUAUAACUAAUGAUGGCAAAUUAGCAAAUGAGUAUGAGCCACAGGAGGCCUAGUAUUCACUCAUUUUAAUAAUAAUAUUAAAUUAAUUCGAGCAAUGAUAAAUGUGAAACUUGGAAUGUGAAAAGCAAUUUUUUCCAUAUUUUCCAAAAUGUAUACACCAGUCGAUGUAGCAAUACUUUUGAAUUAUGUCAAAACCCUGUUAAAUGUAUAAGAACUUAUUUAUUUGAUAACUGAACUGAAAUAAUGAAAUAUUAUUGUCUAUUUCAGUAUUGUAUUAU